GCACCAUCACGAUUGACACGAUACGACACGACACGACAUGAUACCCGACAGUUACAUUAUUGAACAAUAAUAAGCCCUCAAUUAUACCUCAACUCUAUUUCAUGACAUGAUAUAAUAACUCUACUCACAUAUAAAAUCUGUCAUAACCUCUCUCCUCUUUUGCUCACUUUGCCGAUCCCUUCUCAUCUGCGACGCGCCUUCUGUCUUAGUCGCCUUUCCUUCCCCAUACCAUCCCGCCUCGGCCUGUGAGCACUCGGGCCUCUCUUAACUCAGGUUAGUCAAUUUUUUCUCAUUGAAUUCAUGAAUCUUAUGCGCUCCAAUUCCUUUUAAUUGCGCCUGUUUUCGUUUAUUCAUUGUCGUCUCAUCUCAUCAUCGUCAUAAUGUUUCCUUCCUCGGGUUGAUUCUCAUCGCAACAUUGUGUUUAGGCGGUGGUAUCGGGGCAGGAUGGCUAACGGGCAGAAGCCUGCGCGGGACGAACUCAAGAACCUCCAAGAAGAUCUCGGCCCCUAUUACCAGAUUCCCCUAAAGCCUAGGCGAAGUGGUACUCACUCAAGGGAGAAUAGCUUUCAAGAGUCUCUACGCCAGUCCUCCAAUACGCCGGAGCCGAAACGAUCAGGCUCGAAGCGACAGGAUCCUUCGAGCAGAGAUUCGACCCCAAACCGUCCGACUAAGUCGAGAACCAAGAACCAUAGUCGGGAUAUUACGUCGGACGUGGGUACGCCGAAGAGGUCACCGAGAAGUGAACAUAAUACCCCGCGGCCGGAGUCGGUGAAGCCGGAGCGCCACAACCGCGAGAUGUCGCAACGAAACAGAAGUGGACGGGCGUCCAACCGCAACAACGGUAAUACACAUGGAGAGGAAGUGCAGAUCUGGGAGCUGUGCAAGAGUCAAGUGGGGGAGAUUGUCUCUGGAAUCAAUGCCGAGAAUGACAGUCUUACGGAACUUGUCACGAUGGACAAACAAGUCGGUACGAUGGACUUGGAGAAGAUUCCAAGUGACUCGUUGAAAGAGAUGGAACAGCUAUGUCGGACAGGGGUCAAGCACUCGGAGGCUAACAUGUCAGCACUCAAAAAUACUAUCGAGCAGCUAAAAGUGUUGCGCGCCGUGGUGCACGCUAAGGAACAGCAGGAUGCUCAAGCAGCAGGGCCUGGCAAGAGGAAUGCUCGAGAUAGCACGGCGGCAGCAUCUUCGCUCUACGACUUUGACGGGGCUGGUGAUUCGCCUGUACCAAGUCCAAUUGGAGCAUCAGCAAGAAAAUAUGGUGAUCGAGCAAGAGAACGGGAACGAGAGCGGGAAAGAGAAAGAGAAAGGGAGCGAGACCGUGACAGCAUGCCACCCAAGGCCGAUAGUGUCGAGCCUCAGGGGUCAGUUGGAAGUGGUGUCGGAUCAGGGAACAACAAGUCCAAAGUUGUUUUCCAAAAAGGCGAUGCAGUCGCAUUCAAGCCCAAGGCAUUGAAUGGGGAGUCAACAUCAGACUGGAUACUGGGUGAGGUCGCGCAGGUGAUGGGUGAGGGCAAAAGCCGACGAUACAAGGUUCUCGAUAUAGAACCCGAGGACCAGAGCAAACAGAAGGAGUACCGAUCAAGUGCCAGCAGCAUGAUUCCCAUCACACCUGAGAGUCAGGCGUCGACGUUGAAGGAUUGGGAAUCAGGCAUGGUUGUGCUAGCGCUGUAUCCUAACACGACCACGUUUUAUAAGGCGGAGGUUCACAGCAUGGACAGCGACGGCAAGGUCAAUCUCAAAUUCGAGGGGGAGAACGACUCUUCAACACUGCAACAGGUAGAAAGGAGGUUUGUGAUUGAAUACAGAGCAUAGCCUGACUGCACCACAAUAUACGUUGCUACCGCUUAUGGGAGGGAGAUAUGUGCUAGGAGUUGUUAUAUGCUCCGGUGCGUUUAAUGAUAACGUUGCAGUGGAUAUGAUAGGUUCCAGGAAAGCAGUCUAUAGAGCAGUUGCUUACGACGCAAUAGCAAGUAUCAAUCAAGUAUUAUUACC